AUGGCCGAACCACCCAUUGUCCUCGAUGGUGGUACCGGCUUCCUCAAAGUCGGCUAUGCCGCUCAAAACUUCCCCGAACAUCAAUUCCCCUCCAUAGUCGGCCGACCCAUCCUACGUUCGGAAGAGCGGGCUGGAGAUAUCGUGGUCAAGGAUAUCAUGUGCGGUGAUGAAGCUGCCGCUGCACGUUCAAUGCUUCAGAUCAGCUAUCCUAUGGAGAAUGGAAUUGUCAAGAAAUGGGACGAUAUGCUACAUCUAUGGGACUUCACCUUCAAUGAAAAGCUCAAGAUCAAUACCAGUGGCCGCAAGAUUCUUCUAACCGAGCCCCCCAUGAACCCGCUCAAGAACCGAGAGCAGAUGUGCCAGGUAAUGUUCGAGAACUACAACUUUGGUGGUGUCUACGUGGCCAUUCAAGCCGUCUUGGCUCUUUACGCCCAGGGUCUGUCCUCUGGCGUUGUCGUCGACUCCGGCGACGGGGUCACCCACAUUGUCCCCGUCUACGAAUCCACCGUGCUCAAUCACUUAACCCGUCGGUUGGACGUUGCCGGUCGUGAUGUGACAAGAAAUUUAAUCGCGCUCCUCCUCCGUCGAGGCUAUGCCCUCAACCGAACCGCAGAUUUUGAGACUGUCCGUCAGAUCAAAGAGAAACUCUGCUAUGUUUCUUACGACCUCGCUCUGGACCAGCGCCUCUCUGAAGAUACCACCGUCCUGGUUGAAUCCUACACUCUUCCAGACGGUCGAGUGAUCCGUGUAGGAAGCGAACGGUUUGAAGCGCCGGAAUGUCUCUUCCAACCACACCUUGUCGACGUGGAGCAGCCAGGCAUCGCAGAAUUCCUGUUCAACACAAUCCAGGCUGCAGAUGUAGACGUACGUUCCUCGCUGUACAAGGCGAUUGUCCUCUCUGGCGGUUCGAGCAUGUAUCCUGGUCUCCCGUCACGGCUAGAGAAGGAAUUGAAGCAACUCUGGCUUCACCGAGUACUCGGCGGCAACCCCGAACGCCUCAACAAGUUCAAGGUCCGGAUAGAAGACCCCCCAAGGCGGAGGCACAUGGUCUUCCUUGGCGGUGCCGUACUCGCCAAUAUCAUGGCCGACAAGGAGAAUAUGUGGAUCACAAAGCAGGAGUGGGAGGAGCAAGGCACAAGAGCCUUGGAGAAAUUAGGACCGAGAACGUGA